AUGUCUCAGCAGGCCUUGCCUCCAUCCAACACAGCCAGGCUUGCCCUUACAACACUUUGCAAGGUUCUGCGUCAUUACGGCAUCAUAUCUUUGGAGCCUGAGCUUGCCAGGCAAGCAAAGUUCGAUGGACUUGCGGCCGGGCCCCUGUGGCGCGUCCUCCACGACCUCGUGCUUGUCGUACUGGCCGACUGCCCCUCCGGCCCCGCCUGCCAGGCGGCUCUUUCCCGCCAAUGGCACCAGUUGUCUCUGGAGCUCCCGGAAGAUGCAGAAUUUCCGUACGAAGGUACUGUGUGCGCAACGGCCUCAUCCGAAAAAACUGCGUUGACAGAGACCUUGUUACGGUUGUCCCGGCCGUUGCUGCUGGCGCUGGGCUGGCUAGUGGCGGCGGGGGGCCUGUUUGAGCGUCGGAUUGCGGAGUUAGAGCCGGGGCCGGGGUUGCGGGCGCUACUGCCGCCGUACCCGCAGGAUUCCUGCGUCAGCCCUGCCGUACAAGCGGCGUACGAUAGUGCGGCAGUUGAGGCCCAGGAGUACGUUCGGAAGCUGCCUGCUGGUGGUUUCGUCGCGUCAGGCGCUGACGAGGGUGCAGCUGCUGCCGGCGGCAGGUCGAAUGCCGGGCUGCGGGGCCGUGGCGGCGGCGGCGGCGGCGGCGCCACAGCUACCGACCCGUUUGGUUCCUCUCAUGGUGCCACUGCUGCGGCUACUGCUACUGCUGGUGGUGGUGGUGGUGGUGAAGCUCUGUGGCGGGAGGUGGAGGUGGCGGCGCAACGUGCGGUGAUGCUGUGCGGGCGGGUGCGCAGUCGGCUGGUGGCGCUGCAGGCCGCGACUGACUGCCGCAGCAGCCAUUCUCACCUCACCGUGCCGACCCCCCCCCCGCCACCGACCCGUCCUUUGCAUAUUUUGCUACAUAACUCUCUUCCCCCUCAGCUGUGCUCACAGCCAGGCAUGAUGCAGCUCAUUUGCUGCAUUUUGCCCAUCUGUGUAUGUUCCCCCCAAGCCCUUCAAGAACGCCUACUGCAUCACAUGGCCGCAUUGGAGGCGGCGACACUAGCACUCCUAGAGCAACAGGAGUUGGCGGCGCAUGGCGCUCUGUUUUUCGAAUGGCUGGGCAGCGUUAUUGAGGAGGAGCGGCAGCACCAGCACCAGCAGCGAAAGGUCCAGCAGGGGCGAGCUACCGGGCGCCUUGGGGGCGUCGGUGGAGGGCAUGCAGGUCGCACACCACCGGGUGGCGGCGGGCAAGGGCCAGGAUCUGGCGGCGCGUUGGCGUCCCUGGAGCACCUGCCGUACUUUAGCAGCGAUGCAGGUACCCGCCUGGCGGCUCACCUGGAAGCUCAACUAGAAGCUGCCGUACAGGCCGUCCGCAUCUCCACCAGCACCAGCACCUCCUACCCAUUUUUCUCUGCGCCCCAUUUUCCUUUCACCGGGGCGGCGUUCCGUGUGCCUGCCCAGGCAGCAGAGCCGGAAAUUGCCGCUGCACGGCGCCGCGCCGAAGACCUGCUCACUCGCCCGGCCGGCGGGGCGGUCACCGUGGUUGCUGCUGCCAAGGCAGGAGCGUUAGCAGCAGGCGGCGGCUGCAGCCGGCAGCCCCAGCAGCAGCAGCAGUCUUCGGGUGUCACUAUGGAGCAUUUCCUGGCCCUGGCGGAGCAAGCAGUUUCGGAGCUCCGGCCACCGGUUGCGGGUGGAUGGCGUGGCGACGGUGUCGACGCCGCCGUUAGCGGCGAUGGAGGGCCCUCCGGCAGCACCACAAAGCUUUGCGCCACCACUGAAGCUGGCUCCGGCGUGUGGCGGCUGCCAGACGACCUGGCCGCUGCUCUGGAUUCAUUACAUAUCGCCGAGCACCGGCGUCGCUGUGCAGAUGAAGAGGAGGAGGCGCAGUUCCAGCAGCUACGGUACGCCGCGCUGGCCCGGUAUGACUUUCCUGGCGCUGCUGCGGUUUCAUCGGUGCAGGGCCUGUCGCCGGCAGCGGCAGAUACACAGCGGCUGCUGGGAGUGGUGCUGGCAACGGCUCGGCCUUUGGCCCGCACUCGGGCUGCUCACAAGGCAGCUCUGAUGGCUGCGCUGCAGGACCUGCCGGAGGGCUACGUGGUAGCGGGGCUGUAG